UCAAGAAGCAACCAUAGCCACUAAACUUUAUCAUUCUCUCUAAAAAGAUUAAUCUCUUUGGUCUGAAGAAGAAGAUGUGUCCUGUCGAGAACAAAUGGGUCAAGAUGGGUCAAAAAGGAGCUGGUCCUGGACCAAGAAGCUCACAUGCCAUGACCAUCGUUGGGAACAAAGUUUACUGUUUUGGUGGUGAGCUUAAGCCAACGAUUCAUAUCGACAACGAUCUUUACGUUUUCGAUCUCCAGAAUCAAGAAUGGUCUAUAGCUGCUGCAACAGGGGAGGCUCCUUUCCCCUGUUUUGGAGUCUCCAUGGUCACGAUCGGUUCAACGAUCUAUGUGUACGGUGGCCGUGACGAUCAGAGGAAGUACAACGGUUUGUAUUCUUUUGACACUUUGACUAAUGAGUGGAAGAUGUUGUCUCCUGUUGAAGAAGGGCUUCCUGGUCGUAGCUACCAUUCAAUGGCUUGUGAUGAUCGUAAAGUUUAUGUCUUUGGUGGUGUUACUGCUAAAGGACGUGUGAAUACGCUUCAUGCUUAUGAUGUUGUUGAUAAGAAAUGGGUUGAGUAUCCUGCAGCUGGGGAGGCUUGUAAAGGAAGAGGAGCACCAGGGCUUGUUGUUGUGGAAGGGAAGAUUUGGGUUUUGUUUGGGUUUGAUGGUAAUGAAUUGGGUGAUAUUCAUUGUUUUGAUCUUGCUAGUGUGCAAUGGAAGGCUGUGGAGACUACCGGGGAUGUACCGUCGGCGAGGAGUGUGUUUCCUGCGGUUUCUUAUGGGAAAUACAUUGUCAUAUAUGGUGGGGAAGAAGAGCCGCAUGAGCUUAUGCAUAUGGGAGCUGGGAAGAUGUGUGGUGAGGUUUACAAGCUUGAUACUGAGACGUUAGUGUGGGAGAGGAUUGUGUGUGGGAAUGAGGAGGAGAAACCGAGCCAACGAGGUUGGUGUGCGUUUACUAAAGCUGUUAAGGAUGGUGAGGAAGGUUUGUUGGUUCAUGGUGGGAAUUGUCCUACUAAUGAACGGCUUGAUGAUUUGGUGUUUUGGGGUUUCUCUCAUCUUAAUGUUAAUUAAUGUGUUGUUGGUUUGUGUUCUUUGUGUUGUAAACUGUUUAGUUUGUGUGUGUGUUGUUGUGUUAAGGAGUUUGUGUGGUGAUAUGUAACUUCUAAGUGUCUGAGUUAUGUGUUGAAAACUUUGCUACAUAUUCCAAAUAAUUUAUCAUGUUUGGUGUUUAGAUUUGUAACAUUCCUAU